GACUCCUCCGUCACUACGCUCCUCCCCUCAACGCCACGCCGACCUCUGAACUGGCAACUCAUUUGACCAAUCACCACUGGAAUACCCAUCCCUGACGUCUUUCAUGAACCAAUCACAAACCGGGAGGCGGGAUCGCAGUGGGCCUGUCGUCCAAGUUUGGUUGCAAAGACAGCACAUAUCCACGGAGUGAAGUAGUAUACAAACCGAGUCGAGGAGACUUCAGGACGGAAACUAUACCCUACCACACCUCUUCUUCAAGCAGCCUCCUCGACAGGGUUGGAUACUAUUGGGAACUAUUUGGAAGUAGUCAGCUUCACUUCAUUUUCUUCCUUCUUUCAAACGUAAUGGAUUUUGAGAAGACCUAACCUGGAUGUUUUGCAGUACAAGAGUUUCCAAAAGCUUGCUAGUGGGUUUUGACAACUUCUAAAAGUCACGUUUAAGACUUGAAGAACUGGGAAGUAAAUUAAAUACAACAUGGAUCAAGCCAGCGGUGGGGAGGACCCAAAUAAACCCUCCAAAAAGAAGUCCAACGAGGAUGAGGGUAAAAACAAAAAGCUGAACAUACACAUAAAAACAUUGGCUGAUGAUAUGCGUGAUCGUAUUACCAGCUUCAGAAAAACAGGGAUGAAGAAGGAGAAGCCGCUCAUACAGCACCCUACAGAUCCCCUCUCUACUCAGACCGAGCUGCCUGUUCCUCAGCCUCUGUUUGAUGACCGCUCCAUGAACCUCUCAGAAAAGGAAAUCAUUGACCUCUUUGAGAAAAUGAUGGAGGACAUGAACCUGAAUGAGGAACGCAAAGCUCCGCUGCGUGGAAAAGACCUAAGCACCAAACGGGAGAUGGUGGUCCAGUACAUCUCAGCCACUGCCAAAUCUAUAACUGGGAGCAAAGUUGCGGGCGGGCUGAGGAACAGCAAGCAUGAGUGUACGCUUUCAUCCCAAGAAUAUGUCCAUGAGCUGCGUUCUGGCAUCACAGAAGAAAAGCUGCUUAAUUGCCUGGAGUCUCUCAGAGUGUCUCUCACAAGUAACCCUGUCAGUUGGGUGAAUAACUUUGGUCAUGAGGGUCUCGGUCUCAUUUUGGACGCUCUGGAGAAGCUCCUGGACAAGAAACAGCAAGAAAAUAUUGAUAAACGAAACCAGCACAAACUUAUCCAGUGCUUGAAGGCGUUCAUGAACAAUAAGUAUGGACUGCAAAGGAUCCUGGGAGACGAGCGCAGUCUGUUGCUGCUGGCACGGGCCAUUGACCCCAAACAGACCAACAUGAUGACGGAGAUUGUUAAAAUUCUCUCUGCUUUCUGUAUUAUUGGAGAAGAAAACAUCCUGGAUAAGAUUUUGGCUGCCAUGACAAUUGCUGCAGAGAGGAACAAUAAAGAGAGAUUUGCCUCCAUUGUGGAAGGACUUGAAAACCAUGAGGCACAGCAACUCCAGGUUGCUUGUAUGCAGCUCAUCAAUGCCUUGGUCACAUCCCCCGAUGACCUGGACUUCCGGAUACAUCUACGGAAUGAGUUCCUAAGAUGUGGCCUCAAGAAGAUCCUGCCUGAGCUGAAGGAGACAGAGGAGCUCGACAUUCAGCUCAAGGUGUUCAAUGAGAACAAGGAGGAAGAUUCCAUCGAACUCUCCCAUCGUCUGGAUGACAUCCGCGCUGAGAUGGAUGAUAUGAAUGAGGUGUACCAUCUCCUGUCCAACAUGGUGAGAGACACUGGAUCAGAGACCUACUUCUUAUCCAUUCUUCAGCACCUCUUGCUCAUCAGGAACGACUAUUACAUCAGGCCUCAGUACUACAAGGUGAUAGAAGAAUGCGUGUCUCAAGUGGUCCUGCAUCGCAGUGGGAUGGAUCCUGACUUUGGCUACAGUAGAAGAUUGGAUGUGGACUUCACCCAUUUAAUUGAUCAGUGUGUGGAUAAAGCCAAAGUUGAAGAGAGUGAACAGAAAGCUGCAGAGUACUCUAAAAAGUUUGAUGAAGAGUUCAGUGCACGGCAGGAGGCCCAGGCUGAGUCUCAAAAGAAGGAAGAGAGAAUCAAAGAGUUGGAGGGGAAGAUCCAGGCCCUGGAGACUCAGUUAACUAUUGAAACAGACAAGCUCAAAGAGGCUCAGAGACUCAUCAGGGAAUCUGAAGCCAAGAUCGCCGCAGGUCCAACCGCACCCGGAGCCCCUCCUCCACCUCCACCUCCCUUACCGGGGGGUGCUGCAGUUCCUCCGCCCCCUCCACCCCCUCCUCCUCCACCCCCUCCAGGUGGCUGUCCUCCACCCCCUCCACCCCCUCUCCCCGGCCAUGCCUGCAUUCCACCACCACCUCCACCUCCACCGCCACCAGGUGGUGGGCCGCCACCUCCUCCGCCCCCUCCUGGGUGUGGACCCCCACCUCCUCCACCUUUCUUUGGGGGCCCAGGCGGACCUCCACCACCUCCUGCAUUACCUGUUAUCAAACUGCCUUAUGGACUUCAGCCCAAGAAGACCUACAAGCCUGAAACUGUGAUGAAGAGGGUCAACUGGACCAAGAUAGUGCCUCAGGAAAUGGCAGAGAAUUGCUUCUGGAUCAAAGUCAAAGAAGAGAAGUUUGAGAAUCCUGACCUAUUUGCUCAGCUCUCCCUCUGCUUCUCCUCACAGAGCAAAGUAAAAAAAGACAUGAAAGAUGAGACCGACGACAAAAUGCCACAGUUCAAGAAAAAAGCGAAGGAGCUUCGUAUCUUGGAUGCAAAGACAGCACAGAAUCUUUCAAUUUUCUUGGGCUCGUUCCGCCUGCCUUAUGAAGAGAUCCGGGACAUUGUGCUGGAGGUAGACGAGGAAAGACUGAGCGAAUCACUCAUCCAGAACCUGAUAAAGAACCUGCCAGAGCAGAAAGAGCUGAGUGCACUGGCGGAACUAAAGGGCGAAUAUGAAGAGCUAGUGGAGUCGGAGCAGUUUGGCAUUGUGAUGAGUUCAGUAAAACUCCUACGACCACGUCUCAACGGUAUCCUAUUCAAGUUGACUUUCGAGGAGCAGGUGAAUAAUAUCCGGCCAGACAUCAUGAAUGUGACAUUCGCCUGCGAGGAGGUGAAGAAGAGUGAAGGAUUUAGCAAGCUGUUGGAGUUGGUGUUGCUGGUUGGCAAUUACAUGAACGCUGGCUCGAGGAAUGCCCAGACAUUUGGUUUUAACAUCAGCUUCCUCUGCAAGCUCCGAGACACUAAAUCUAUCAGUCAGAAUACAACACUUCUACAUUUUCUGGCAGAAAAAUGUGAAGAUGGGUUCCCGGAGAUUUUGAGGUUUCCCGAUGAACUCGAGCACGUGGAGAACGCCAGCAAAGUAUCUGCUGAGAUCCUGAAAAGCAGUUUGACCACAAUGGAACGUCACAUUCAGAGGCUGGAGAACGACAUCGAGAACUUUCCCAAGACAGAUGACAAGCAAGAUAAGUUUGUGGAAAAAAUGUCCGGCUUCUGCAAGCAUGCAAGAGAACAAUACGAAAAACUCUCCACCAUGCACAAGAACAUGCAAAAGCUCUACGAGAACAUAGGCAGUUUUUUCGCCUUUGACCCUCACUCAGUAAGCGUGGAGGAUUUCUUCGGAGAAUUGGCCAACUUCCGCAUGCUGUUCAUGGAAGCAGUGAAGGAGAACCACAAGAAGAGGGAGAUGGAGGAGAAGAUCAAGAGAGCCAAGCUGGCGAAGGAGAAAGCAGAGCGCGAGAAGCAGGAGCGCCAGCAGAAGAAGAAGCAGCUGAUUGACAUGAACAAAGAAGGAGACGAGACUGGUGUGAUGGAUAGUCUAAUGGAAGCGCUACAGUCUGGAGCAGCCUUCAGAGAUCGGCGAAAACGGACACCACGCAAUGGUGAUCAAAGUCCUUCCAGUCCUGCCUCUCGGUGGCCGGGUGCUAACUAUGGUAACAGAACCUUAGAUGUCGCCUCUGGGAGAAGCAGACAACCGCCGCGCAGUCCUGGAAAGGUCUCGCUCACGCCACAACGCAAAUCACCAACCUCGAUGAUCGCCCGCGCCUACCAUAAGACGCUAGAUAAGUGCCAAAGAGGCCUGCGAGGGGGAGACCUGGAAGACAUCUGAAGGAGGGAAAGACCACCCCUCACUGUGGCGACCACACACACACAGGAAUACACACACACGUUCAUACAAAAAAGUUCUCUCAGACGUACACACAAAGCACCAAGUAUGGGAAAAAAAAGCGGAAGAAGGUCCCACAGAACUGAAGAAACUAGAGUACAUCACACACAGACACUUAAUUUCCAUGCUGUUCUUCUGAAGCCUUACAUAUUUAUUCACUUCUUCCUCAUCAGUCUAAGAUAGUUGGAUUCAUAGGAAAGGGAAAAAAAACAAAAAACAAUAGACCGCUGCUGUUAAGAGAGAAAGGAUUCCAUUUCUUGAAAACCCAUUUUGAUUUUUGCUAGUUUAAACCUUCUAAUCUAAUCCUUUUCUAAUCGAAAUACUACAUUUUACACGCAAUUUUGACAUAAAACAUUGAGUGUGUUGAAAAUAGAGAUUCUGCUAAGAUGGACUGCGCCAUAAUUUGAGUUUAUCAUUCAGGAGAACAUACUGCAAACAGAGCAUUCAGCAGAGGGGCAGCGGGCCAGCUGUCCUUUUAAUGGAAAAACAGGGACUCAACACCCAUGUUGGCAACUCGCUACCGUUUUUCUUGAACAACUCGCUGCCGCUUUGACAUGGGAAGGAGUGGCUGUUUGUUGCUGUUUUAUUUUUCUUUCACUCCCUCACUUCAACCAGCGUCAGGACAAUGUUCGUAAAAUGAAUGAUUUCAAUUCAUUACGUAUCCCACAAAGCUACAACUGGCCCCUGUCAGUGAUAAUAUUUCACAGCAUAUGAGUCAUGGAUCUUAAAACUGUAAUCUCUUUUUGACAAGAUGCAUUUUAUUUUUAGGUCUGUCACACCCAAACAAACAGAUUUCUGACCCCAGCUUGCUUUUGUUGAUGUGAGAGACUGACAUACGUCUAAAUGCAUAUAAAACUGCCUUGUAGCGUUAAUACGACCGUGUGACCGUUCCAGCAGCCACGACAUCUAUCACGUUUAUAUAAAAAUGCAAAAAAAAUGAUAUAUUUAAUUGUAAUCUGCAUUUAAAGCUGUUGUGUUUUGAUGUAAAGCUAUAAAACACUCCAGCUGUAUCAUCCUAUUAGUGAUGUAAACUCUCCAAUUUUAAAUCCACUGGUUUUUAAUAAAACAACAAAAAAAUAAAACAAGAUUAAGUCUGCAGGAAAGCCAUCAAUACAAAAUGAGCUCAAAUCACUAUCAUAUGAACACAGCAUCUACAUAAAGGAAUAUUUUACUAUUUUUGGCACAUUUAGUUAAUGUUAUGUGAGAUUAAUAUUCUGGUUAACCACUGAGAAAAUUCAAAAUAAAGCAAAAUGUGAGAUGGUUGUGAUAAUUUGUGGAUAAAGUGUAAACCUUAAGGGGGUAAAGACACUAAAAACACUAAAUGACAAACUUUUAACACUUUGAUGGGGCUUUUUCACUGGAAAAGUCUGCUCAACUCCCAUCAACUCGCACAGCAGUUUUUGCAUUUUCAUUAUAUCCGAUUACAAACCACUAGGUGCCAUGAGUUUCCAGUGAGCUAAAGCUAAAUUAAUAAAUAUGGCUUUGUCAAUACUUAAGCAAAGCUAACAGGAAAUCUCCCAAAAGUUAGAAGACAAUUUUCUAUUUGGCUCUAUCGUGAUAAAUCUGAUCAGAGAUUUUAGUCUUAACAAUUUUAUUUUCUGGAAAAAUCCAUAGCUGCAGUCAGCUCGAAGACGACAUCAGUAUGUUUACGACACAUCACCACGGCAACAAGCUACACUGACAGAGCACUAUACUAAAAUAAAGUCGAGGUUCAGCCGAUACAUCAGUGGAAAAGCAGCAUAAAAGGUCCUGGUUCGAGGUAAAAUCAGCGACCCCAAUGUUUCGUUGUUUAUUGUGAAGAGUUUUUGUUUUUUCAAAUAAUACAGUGAUUAAUUUUUGCACUGAUGUGUAAGAAUAAUGGCUGAGAUUUCACCGCAAGGGAUGGCUUACACAGGUACAUGUGAUGAACCGAUGAUAUGGACGCUAUAAUUAGCCUCAACCACGGAUAAAGACAGCUACAUGGCAUUGUUGUGACUUAAUCUAUUAAUCUGCACAGGGCAUGAUUAAGGGCAUGUCUGCAUUCAUUAAUGAACAACAGUGGAAGACAAAAUGAGGCCCAGUUUCCAAAUAACCUCUGUUUUAUUCAAUGGAACCAUUUUUACCACAGUAUUGUAAAAGUGACAAAGACUCGGUGAAACACACACAACUUUUUUUUUUUCCGAAUGUGCAGAGUUUUAUGCAUCUAGUUCCUAAUAUUUUAUGACCAUGUAAAGAAAAAAAAAAGUUUAAACAUAGCUGUAAGCUUUGUGCCAAGGACCCACUGUCAGGCUGUUUCUUCACGUGUACUAGUUAUUCAUAUAUUCAUGCCUAGGGUGGCUGUGUCCCCUCACUGCCCUAAACUGUAAGCAGAUGCUACUAAAAACAACCAUUGAAUCCACAUGGAGUGUGGGUACAACCAGAGUGAUCCACUGAGGGGUACAGCAGACAAGAUGAUGCGUGUCUUAGCAAGUAAGUCUCCCAACGCCCUUCAAUUCCCCAGUACUAAUGGCAUAAGUGACCCUUUUACAGAAGCGGAAUUUGUUUAAUAAUACCAUCACCCUGCUUUAAGCUUUGUGUCUGUGUGUUUGUGUCGGGACGGGUGUGUACGUGCACGCCGACUCUGUAAUCGGAACAGGAACUCGGGCAAAAUAGGAUUCAGUGUGCUUGAGUCUUGGGCUGAAUAGAUGGAGCUUUUUCAUUUAAACAAUCUGCCAGCACUAGUCGUGAUGUGUCUCUUUCAUGAUGCCCCCUCUCCCCAGCUCGCAUGCUUCUAAAAAUGCAAUUUUACACAUCAUCUCGGCUCAAGGUGCACCCAAAAAUGCUGCGAGAAGUCUGCAUAUGUAAGAAGACAAUAACUCUCCUUUGAAUAAGAUUCAAGCAGUGGCAGAAAGGAAGUAAAAAAAAAAAAAAAAGAGGGUUUGUGCUUUAGGGAUUCGACAUAGAUCAGAGUUUUAAGGAUGUGUCGUUACAGCAGUGAUUCCCUUCUUCUAAUCGCGACUCGUCCUUCGUGUUCUGCACCAUCACACCUGCUCACUUUAGAAGCAUUGAUUAAGAUGCAGAUCCUUUCUAAAUAUAAGUCCUCUGUCAAAUAACACCGGUGUCCACAGUGACAUUUGGUGUUAUUGUCACCGCUGACUGGAAACAGAACAUGCCUAAAUAAUCAUCGGAUUGUUGUUGACAAUUCAUAUAAUCUAUUUUUCUUAAUGAUUUGACUGAAAGGUUUUCCCAUUUGUUAUUUAAUCAAUUUAUUCUUUCCCCAAUUUGUGCCAACUUGUUUUGAAAUGCAGUUCACAGAAAACAGUAUAAAAAAUUUUACCAGGUUUUUUUUUGUGUUUUAUAUCUCAAAGGGAGUCCAGGUUUCUGUCUGUGGAGCUAUAAACCAGAAAAAAUGUACAGACAUUUAAAAAAAAAAAAAGAAAAGAAAAGAAAAACGAGAAGAAGUUGUUUUUAUUUUAACCAUUUUAAUAUCUGUACGAUUAAGAACAGUCAUUUAAGGUAGAUUUUGAUGUGAUUGCAAAUGAUAGUGGUGGUAUUUCUUAAAUGCUCAAACAUCUUUUGUAAGAUGCCAUUUAUUUGAAUUUUGACAAAACUUUUGUAAUGUCCCCCCUGUAGAGUAAAACAAGUUUAGAGCUUCACUGUUAGUCAUUGUAGAAGUUUCAUGUACGAUCCCUGUCAACACAUAUUCCUUUCUAGUGAUAAAACAUCAAACUGAAUACGAAUCACGAAUGCAAAUCCAAUAAAUAUCAGGUUUGUUGCCAUUGAAUAGCUCCAACGGUGACGGAAAUGUACUCAAUUUCUGAAUUCUUUUCUGGUGAAAGCAUCUACAUGGCAGCUAACUGUCCAACAUAAGGGAAACUUCUACAAUGACAGCGUUCUUCAUCAUCCCUGUAAGUGAUUGUUGUAUUUCUCCCCUCUUCCCGUAUUUUAGGGUAAACAGAAUUCUGUGUUUUUAGAGCAAAUAGCAGGUGAAAGAUCCUGAACUGUGUAAAACAGGCCUACGCGUUUAGGCUGAUCAUCCCAUCGUCUGUAGGCCUUUAACUAACGAACCUGAGUUGAUGACGUGGCUUGUUCUCUUGUUGUGAUCGAAUGAACGAGGAGGCAGGGGUAUGAGAGAUAUAU